ACAGGAGUUAUGCGAGUGUGUAGGGGGGAAAUUGGCAGCUCUUCCUUUGUGUAGGUGAAUGCAAGGACUACUUUGGAGUGAACUUUUGGAGUGUUGGCGCUGGCAGGAAAACACACGUCUCCCACACACAGCCAAAACCCACACAACAAAGGAAUCAUGAUUUGUUCUAUAGGAGCUGCUGAUUUUGACACCAUUUUCCUGCUUCUUUUCCAGGUUAGGAGGUCCGAUCCUUAGGGAAUGAUCCUGCUGAGAUGACCUGUGUGGCUUCGCUUUCCUCAAGAGAUUAUUCUGAAAUCAGAAGAGCGGAGGGAAAGACAGGCUCGCAUGAAGGACAGGUGAUGGAGCCCUCCAUCUCUCUUCACCAGUGACUCGGCCCGCCAGCCCUCCAUCUGAGGAAGCGUGUACCGGCAGUCCAAGACCCCCCUUUCCUCUGCCAUGGUGACAUAAGCAGCGCUGCAGAAUGAGGGAGAGCCAACGUGAGACCGUCUCAUUUCUUUCUCCAGUAGCUGCUGCAGCUGCUCCCUUAACUCUGUUUAUAUCGAGCUGCAUAAAAAACUGAUUCUGUCGUGAAUAGUGCCCAGCUGGCCCGUUUUCUUGAGAGACUGUCCCCCAAGGCGCGUUGCCGGGCCUGUGGGGUGGAGCGGCGUGGCUCGAGACGAUGCUGGGAUGUGUGACAAGAGUCCGUCGGCUGGUCCGUCUCCUCCCCCUGCAGACCUCCCUCCUCCUCCUCUUCCUCUUCUGCACCAUCAGCGUCUUCAUCUCUGCCUACUUCCUCUAUGGCGUCAAGCGCGAGCUGGAGCCAUCGUCCGGAAACGGAGGCGUCUCCGGCGCCGAGGGAGAGUCAGCCGACUCCGACGACCCGAGAGUCACUCCGUCCCGGCUGCUGCCUCUGCGGGGCGUCUCCGGAGGUCCUGGGAUGGAUCCCGGAGGGGCCAGGACGGACCCUGUGGUUCUGGUGUUUGUUGAGAGCCAGUAUUCUCAACUGGGGCAGGAGAUCGUGGCCAUCUUGGAGUCUGGCCGCUUCAGGUAUCGGACUGAGAUCUCUCCCGGUAAAGGGGACAUGCCCACAUUGACGGACAAAGAGAGAGGGCGCUUCACUCUGGUGAUUUAUGAAAACAUUCUCAAGUAUGUUAACUUGGAUGCCUGGAACCGAGAGCUUCUGGACAAAUACUGCGUGGAAUAUGGAGUGGGCAUCAUUGGCUUCUUCAAGGCCAAUGAAAACAGUCUCCUCAGCGCACAGCUCAAAGGCUUCCCCCUCUUUCUUCACUCCAACUUGGGUCUGAAGGACUGCACCGUCAACCCCAAGUCCCCCUUGCUCUUCAUCACUCGAUCAGGGCAGCCCCUGCCAGGUCCACUCCCCGGGGAUGACUGGACUGUUUUCCAGUCCAACCACUCGACGUACGAGCCCGUGCUGCUGGCCAAAACCCAAUCAGCCGAGAGCAUUGCAUCCAUGGGGCAGAAUGCUGCUCUGCUGCCGUCGGUGGUGCAGGACCUCGGACUUCACGACGGCAUUCAGAGGGUCCUGUUUGGCAACAACUUGGUCUUCUGGCUGCACAAGCUGGUUUUUGUGGACGCUGUGGCCUUUCUGACAGGGAAGAGGCUCUCGCUGUCUCUGGAGCGCUACAUCCUAGUGGACAUCGAUGACAUCUUUGUCGGCAAAGAGGGCACGCGCAUGAAGGUGCCGGAUGUAAAGGCCCUGCUGGAGACACAAAAGGAGCUGCGCACGCAUGUGCCCAACUUCACCUUCAAUCUGGGCUUCUCAGGGAAAUUCUUUCACGCUGGAUCUGAUGAGGAGGACCUGGGAGAUGACCUGUUGCUCUCCUACGUGAAGGAGUUCUGGUGGUUCCCUCACAUGUGGAGCCACAUGCAGCCCCAUCUUUUUCACAACCAGUCUGUGCUGGCCGAGCAGAUGUUGCUCAACAAGAAGUUUGCCAUGGAACACGGGAUCCCCACUAACAUGGGCUACGCGGUAGCACCUCACCACUCUGGCGUGUACCCGGUCCACAUUCAGCUGUACGACGCCUGGAAGAAGGUGUGGGGCAUCAAGGUGACCAGCACAGAGGAAUACCCACACCUGAAGCCGGCCCGCUUCCGACGGGGUUUCAUCCACAGCGGAAUAAGUGUGCUGCCCAGGCAGACGUGUGGUCUUUUCACACACACCAUCUUCUACAAAGACUACCCCGGCAGCCCGAAUGAACUGGACAAGCUCAUCAACGGAGGAGAACUCUUCCUCACAGUUCUCCUGAACCCUAUUAGCAUCUUCAUGACCCAUCUGUCCAACUAUGGGAAUGAUCGCCUCGGCCUGUACACCUUCAAGAGCCUGAUGAUGUUCGUCCAGACGUGGACCAACCUGAAGAUGCAGACGCUUCCACCUGUUCAGCUGGCUCAGAAAUACUUCAGCCUGUUCCCCUCCGAGAGGGAUCCCCUCUGGCAGGAUCCUUGUGAGGACAAAAGGCACAAGGACAUCUGGUCAAAAGAGAAAACAUGUGACCGCUUCCCCAAACUGCUUGUCAUCGGGCCUCAGAAGACAGGGACAACUGCUCUGUACCUGUUCCUCGGCAUGCACCCUGACCUGACCAGUAACUACCCCAGCAAAGAGACCUUUGAGGAGAUCCAGUUCUUCAAUGGACACAACUACCACCGAGGCAUCGACUGGUACAUGGAGUACUUCCCUCUGCCCUCCAACACCAGUUCAGACUACUACUUUGAGAAGAGUGCCAACUACUUUGACUCUGAGGUGGCUGCUCAGAGGGCUGCGGCUCUUCUGCCCAAAGCCAAGAUCAUCACCAUUCUCAUCAACCCAGCAGACAGGGCCUACUCUUGGUACCAGCACCAAAGAGCCCAUGAUGACCCGGUGGCGUUAAAAUACUCCUUCCAUGAUGUCAUCACGGCAGGCCACGAUUCUCCGGUCAGACUACGGGUCCUCCAGAAUCGCUGUCUGGUUCCAGGCUGGUACGCAGUCCACCUGGAGCGCUGGCUAAACUUUUACCACUCCAGCCAGUUGUUGGUCCUGGAUGGGCAAAUGUUGAAGACUGAGCCUGCUUCCAUCAUGGAUAAAAUCCAGAAAUAUUUGGCCCUGGCCAACGUCAUCAACUACCACAAGAUCCUAGCGUUUGACCCUAAGAAAGGCUUCUGGUGUCAGCUGCUGGAGGGAGGAAAGACCAAGUGUUUGGGAAAGAGUAAAGGGCGCAGGUACCCUGACAUGAACCCUGAGUCCCAGGGGUUCCUCAGGGAUUACUACAGGGAUCACAACAUUGAGCUGUCCAAGCUGCUCUACAGGAUGGGUCAGCCGCUGCCCAGCUGGCUCAGAGAGGAGCUGGUCCACACCAGGUAGCAGCACCACAGGGGGAGAUCAGAGCUCCAUGUAAUGAACCUCCGCUCAGCCUGCUGGGAGACACUUGACACGUUGAAGAUCCCUUGCAGUUUUUACAGAGUUUAAACCUAACUGUGAUCUUCCCCCACGAACAAGACAACAGUGGAUGGUGGUGUCAGUAGCUCCCUGGGCUUUCAGAUGCUGUCACUCCCCUGCAGGACAAACCAGGACCACAAUGAUGGCCUCCACUGUGUCCUGUGGAAGAAGGAAAAGGCUCAGUGAUGCACUGCAGCAUCCCUCAGUGUUUGAUAAUCAGCCUUUGCUCUCCUUGAUUCAAUCUCCUCUUCUUUGCAUGGAUUUCAUCUUGAAAAUCAAAGAGGAGGAACAAAUUUGGAGACACAGGCGGAGUAGAAGAACACAUGACCUGAGUCUCCACGUAUGAGAUGUGCUGUUUGGAUUAAAAACAAGCAUUUACAUUGACUACAUUGACGGCAGCAUGGUUGACAGAGAGACAUUGACUUUAGAUGCCUUUGAUUUAAGUAGAGAACGAGACAUCUGGAGUCUUGACUCAGGCUGCAUGUCGUAGCCUUACUCAAUAAGCCUUGGUAGAAUCUAGUUAUUGCAUUUACAAGUGCCAGGACAGAAUCUUCAUUUAAAAUAUCACCACAGGGACUUUUGAGGGUUCUUUUUUUUUUUUUUUUUUUUCAUUUUCCUUACUCAGAUUGUUUUUAACGUUUUUAUAAUGCUGACGGCAAUGCAUUAAUGUAGAAUGUACCAAAACUAAACAUCUUAGCUAAUUUUUCUCAUAUAAAAAAAGGUGUACAGUAGACCUGCUUUGUGAUUCUCGACCUGCUCGGCCUCCUCUAUGGUCAGUUUCAUGACCAUCCAACCGGCUGAAGCAGGAACUGUAGAAAAGACGUUGUGAAAGCACAAUAUUUAAGGCACUCAAGCGAGCAUUAAUUCUGAACAUACAGGUUACUGGAAAGCACACUACCGACAUGGAUCCUACUACAAUCUGUGAAGAAGAUCAUAAGCUAGCUACUGUAUGUUCAACUGAACACUCUGGUCUGUGAGAAUCAAAAGUGUACAGGACAAGAUUGUGCAUUUCAAAUAAUUUUUCACCAUUGGGUUAUCUUGUUUUUUUUUUUUUUUUGUCAAAACUGUAUAUUUUGUCUUAUAUUUUGUUUAAUUUCAGUUACAAGUUGAGUUCUUGGUGGGGAGGGGGGGAUAAAGGCUGUCUCUGGGGUGAAAAAUGAGGUUGCCAGGAAAACCAACGGUAGGCCCAGAGAGAACAUCCAGACGUCAAGGUGUUAUCACUGCAACUAGAUGUCAGGCAUAGAUAACAAAAAGCUGCUCUUACUGCAAUAGUUUUGUACAAUGUUCUGAUGUAAUAACAAUGCACAUGUUGGUCCUCUUAUUUCCUGACUUUGUAAUGUACAUAAAACGCAACCUUCAGUAGACCUAAAUUAUUGAAUGUGUUUGGGUUUACAUUCUCCAUCGGCCCAUUCCUGUAGUGUGAAAUGUCAGUGCUGUGCUGAGGGGAGUUUGGAUCAUUUCAUUGUGCGGAGGUGUGUCGCUACGAUUGUUUUUCCUCUCACUGCCAACUAUUGUACACAGGUACUGAGUCUCUCCAUAUAAAGUAUUAAGUGAUAACACAUAACAGCAAUGAUGGUACUAAUCUCCUGGACUGUAUGAUAAAGAUUUGUAAUUGUUGUCAAUAAUUUUUACAGUGUAACUAAUAUUGUCGGUGCUUUUUAAUUUGCAAAUAAAACACCACUGUAUUUUUCA